GUCUUCGACAAAUGAUUCAGAUUAUGGGCUGGGUUGUGUGGUCCCAGCGGCUCAAAGCCCUCCAGGAGGCAGACAGCAUUUCCAUUUCAGUGGAUGAUAGGGCAGACUUCCGUGUUGUUCGGUAUAGGUGCAGCUAUUCAUCUAGAGAUGCAUUCCAAGCAGCAGUUGCUCCAGCCGUCCCAGCUGUCCAGUCUCUGAGAAGUUCUUCAAAGUUGGAGGAAUGGUGUGAGAUGGAGCCUUUAGUUGUGGAAGGCAUCCUGGGAGUGAUGAGGACCAGUGGCAACCUCCCAACCAACACUUUUGACUCUCACAAUGCAGACAAGAGUGAGAAAAUGGCUGAGAGCAUUGUUGAGGCGCUGAGGCUGGCAUGCCAGGACAUUGACGGGCAGCUGAAUGAUGAUACCUUGGGGAAAAUUUGUUCCCGUGUCCGGCACUAUGCUUCGGAUCAAGGCACCAGCGCCCACAAGGCCGGUGAGCUUUUGUCUUGCAGGGCAGAGCUGCCAAACCUAUUGUGGAUCAGCUGUGACAUGGCCCACCAGGUGCGCAUUGCAGCCAAGGAUCCUCUGCACGCCAAUGAGGAAUUUGAGAAGCAGUGGGAGAGGCUGUUCAAUAAGAGGCAUGCGCUAAUUCCAGACAUCCAAAAUUCUGAAGUCUGGAAGUCUCGCCUGAUAGCUGCCCAGAAAGCUGUCCUAGCCAGCAACAGUCCCAGCUGUCCCAGCUGUCCCAGCUGCCCUUUGGAUAAAGUGCUUCACACUUUUUCCUUUGCGAAGCAAAGGUUCGAUUCAACAGCAACUCCCAUGAUGAAGUACUGCUGCUUACUUCGUGCAAUCGCCUUGCUUUGUGCUAUGCAAGCUGCAGACGAGCCUCAGCGCUUUGAGCGCCUUCAGUUUUCACAUGACCGUGGCUCACGAGAAGUUCGGGAUCGAGCAGAGGCUGCGUUGCUGAAUAUGACCCCACAAAACCUGUUCCGGUGUGGUCUUACUUGUGAUUACACUUCAGAGUGCUUGGCAUUCCUUCGGGGGCACUUUGACAUCGAUGACCCAGAUCCAGCGGAAACUGCCCGAGCAGUGGAGUCCUUCUGCAAGCGAAUGAAGCUGCUCUUCUGUGACGGAUUGAUCCUUGGAGAUGGGUCAAAGCGAGUACCAUCUGCCCAAGCCUCCCAAGCUGCCCAAGCCGUCCCAGCUGUUGCAGAAGGAGCUGCUCAGGAUCUGAUGUCGCACAAGACCAUCACCCAGAUUGUUUAUGAGCAGGUGGAAACCCCUGAAGCGAUCUACUAUGGCAACAAAGUUCAUUACCUGUGCACCAAAGCUGGAGUACAGGACAUUCGCUCAAUCAUGUCGGAAAUGUCUGCUGUUGCUCACGCAAUGAUGGACCGAGUGAAAGUCGAUUUGCAAGGGGAUGAGAUAGCCAAGCGCCUGUCAGUGUUUGACUUGAAGUGUUGGGAGACAAAAGGGCAGAGGGACGACGUGAAGCCCUUGAUCAAGCCUUUGGCAAAGGCUUUGCAUUUGGACUCUACAAAGCUGUGCCGUGACUUUUCCAACACAGCCAAGCUCUUGUGCCAGCUUGUUGGGGCUGCAAGCCAGCAUGUCGAGAGGCCAUCGAACAGAGUGGCGUGGAGCUGGACACUGGUUCCAGAGUGGAGGUCAAGAUUCAUGACCCCAGCACUCCAGCUGGCAAAACCUAAACAGCUUGAGGAGCUCAUUUGUUUCUACUUGAGCUUGAAAACCAACACAACCACAUUGGAAAGAAACUUGGGCAGUCUUUGCGCACAGCUUGCUGCUCACUCUGGCCCCAAUGCUGAGGACGGUAGUAUGCUUGGAGCCAUUCUGCGGGUAGCCCUGGAUGGACCACAGAAAGAGUGUGAAGUCUUUGAGUCAGCUUGUUUGGAUGGACAGCAUAAACUUUACCCCACUGCCUUUGCCCGAUCUUGCUCGAAAUUGUGGAUUCAAUGUUAUGGUCGGCGCUUUCAAUACAAGUACCGGGAGCCUAGCUUUGAGGGCAAGAUGCGAAAGGGUCGGAAGAGGAAAGGAACCUUUGCAGCUAUUCAAGACAGUAGGAAGAGGGCAGUUGAUCGGCUUUGCCGGGCUGGAGAUGGAGAGUCCACCAGUGUAGGCGAGCUGCCAUCCUUCAUCCCUGGCUUGGACAUGGAGAAGCUGACAGAUCAAGGGCCAGACAACCAGAAAUACCCUAUGCACCUGGUGCAGGGCAAGAUGGUGAGAACUUUGCUUCUGUGCAAAGGAGCUGGGCGAACUAAGUUGCCUCCAGGCUGUCACAUUUUGGCUUCCAUGGCCAUGGCAGAUGCGGAUUUGAUGGUGGUCGACAAUCUGCAUGAUUUGGAUUUGGACAUGGCAGAUGCUCAUUUCGUUGCGCCCUCAGAUGGUCCAUGCAUGCUGAGCCACCCUCCAUCCCCAAAGUCAGUUUGCCCAUGUGACUCUGACAUUUUAGCCUUUUGGCUUGUCACAGGUUCCAGCCAUCCAAGCUGCCCCAGCUGUCCCAGCUGUCUCAUCUGUCCAUUUUGCGCAAUGGUGCUGUUGCCUGAUCAGCACUGUCAAUGGUUGGAGUCAUGGGGGCAGCGCACUAAGCUAGCCUUUUCGCAAGCUUUUCAGGAGAGGAAGGGUGAAGGCUGGACUGAGGAGCUUCAAGCUGCCAUAAACAGACCACUUCGUGUGGGCACAGAUUGCAGUGGCUUGGAAAGCCCUGUGCAUGCGCUGCGUCAAUUAAAAAUCCACCACCGGCAUUUGUUCAGCUGCGAAUGCGCAAAGGCGCCCAGACUAGUCAUUGCAGCGAACUGUCCACCUGAGCAGAAGCUCUUUGAUGAUGUUUUGGAUGAAAAGAUGGACAGUGUGCUGCCUGAAGUUGACAUGUAUGUAGCUGGCUUCUCAUGCAAGCCAUUUUCACGACUGCACCAUCAGACACGUUUACUAGAUGAGCAGGAAGCUGGUAUAUUUUUCGCCGUUGUCCGCAGACUGAAAAAGCUGCGCCCCCCUGUGUUCGUCUUUGAAAAUGUGGAGGGGAUCAAGCGAUGCAUGCCACAGGUUUUAGCCCUGUUGCGUGAUGUGGGGUACAAUGUCAUUGUGGAGCUUCUCAACCCUCUUGAGCUGGGUGAGCCUGUCAGCAGACCACGCUACUAUUUCAUUGGGACCAGGAAGGACGUGUCCAGUGUUUCUGAGGCAGAUGCGCAAUGCCUGUAUUCACAGGUGUGGAAAGCAUUCUGCGCUAGAUUUACCCCAGCCAGGCUCCUGGACCGCCUUCUUCCUCCAGAUCAUGAGGUGGUGAGAGAGUUGCAGGAGAAGCGACGCAGCCGGUGGGAGGUUGCAAAGCAAAAGCGGUUUCCUGCAAUGCACCCGUGCUGCAAGUGGAUGGAGCGCCAUGAGCAGUGGAUUCUCGGAAAGGAGGUACUUGAGAUCGAGGGUAAGCCUGGAUUGAAAGAACUCCUACCAGACAAGUUCUACCUCCACCUUGCACGGGAAAGGGAUGCUUGGGACAAACUAUUGAAGACAGGCCAUUGCUCUCACAAUACCACAGCCGACAUGUCACAGAGCUUGGGGCGCAUACCUUUGCGCAGCGAUGGCUGCCUCCCAACAAUUACUCCAGGCGCUCACAUAUUGAUGGCUGAGGUUGGCAGAGCCUUAGCUCCCAUGGAGAAACUGCUGAUGCAUGCGCUGCCGCUGCACAAGAUGACGAUCCCAAGCAAUGUGUCAGAUUCCGAGUUGGAGGACAUGGCUGGAAACAUGAUGCAUUUGCAGACAGUGGGGUUUGCGAUGCUCAUGGCUAUCAGUCUAGUGGAUUGGAUGAGCUUGACCACACCUCAGCCGUCCAAGCUGUCCAAAGCUGUCCUCCUGAACAAUUCUAGGCUGGCAGCAGGCCUCCAAUCCAGAUAUGGGAUGGACAUUGCAAAGUCCAAGCAGAGACGCAAGGCCACAAAGGUCAAAGCAAACCGAAAGCCAAAGCAUAUAGCUGGUCUGCGUGGAACACGCUGGGCCUGCUGA